CCGGACUCUAUAAAGGCGCUGCCGCUUUCCUCCCGGGAGAUGAAACAUCCCGUCCCGGCGGCUCCGGCACCCAGGCGGAGCGCGGUUUCGCUUUCCCGGCCUGCGCCCGCCCCUCCACGCCGCCUCCCUGCGUCGCCUCCAGGGUCCCGCCUGUCUCCGCUGCGCAGGCCUGGGCGCUGGGCCAACACCUGUGGCUUCACGUGCGCACGCCCCCCGCAUCUGAAGUCACAUCCACGGCCACCUCGGCCCCCGUAUCCACGCUGAGGUGGCUCCAAGCCUCUGUGACCUUGCACACGUGGUCACGACUGACACUGAAGUGACACAGAACGUGUGUGACCUUGCACACCUGGCCACGAUACCCGUGGCCACCACUGACACUGAAGUGACACAGAACCCUGCCCUACCCGGUCGUAAGGGCCACAGCCCCUCACCGCUCCUGACCCGCCCUCGCAGCAGGCACCAUGGCCAGGGCCUCGGAGAGGGCAGCGCAGCGCGUGCGGUUCGGAGAGUGGCUUCUGGGCGAGGUCAGCAGCGGCCGCUACGAGGGGCUGCGGUGGCUGGACGAGGCCCGCACUGUCUUCCGCGUGCCAUGGAAGCACUUCGCUCGCAAGGACCUGGGUGAGGCCGACGCACGCAUCUUCAAGGCCUGGGCGGUGGCCCGAGGCAGGUGGCCGCCCAGCAACAGCGGGGGUGGCCCACCGCCCUGCGAGGCUGAGGCUGCAGAACGAGCCGGCUGGAAAACCAACUUCCGCUGUGCGCUGCACAGCACACAGCGCUUCGUGAUGCUGCAGGACAACUCCGGGGACCCCACUGACCCGCACAAGGUGUAUGCAGUCAGCCUGGAGCGGGGGUGCAGAGAAGGCCCAGCCAUGAACCAGGGGGAGGAAGAGGUCUUCAGAGGUGCCCUGCCCACACAGGGUGGGCACUUGGGGCUGUUUCUGCCAAGAGAUGUUGAGCCCACAGCUCCAAGCCUUCUACCGGCCCAGGGUGGUGGCGGAAGGGACCUCCUGCUCCAGGUUCUGCAGCAGAGUCUCCUGGCGGACCCCCUGCAGGAAGCUUCGCUGGUGGCCAUUAACCCAGUUGCCCCACCACAGGCUCCUGGACCAGUGGAGCCUCCUGAAGAGCCGUCUGCAGCAUGGGCAGUGGAGCCGGUGCCCUGCCCUCGGCCUCAGCCCUUGGCCCUGGCAACAGAGCCCAGCCCAGGGCCACUAGACGUGACCAUCAUGUACAAGGGCCGCACGGUGUUGCAGGCUGUGGUGGGGCACCCCAGCUGUGUGUUCCUGUACAACCCCCCAGGGGCAGGCAGCCAGGCCCUGCAGCCCCAGCAGGUGGUCUUCCCCAGCCCUGCUGAGCUGCCAGACCAGAAACAGCUGCGCUAUACAGAAGAGUUGCUGCAGCACGUAGCCCCUGGGCUGCAGCUGGAGCUGGGUGGGGUGGUACUGUGGGCCCGGCGCAUGGGCAAGUGCAAGGUAUACUGGGAGGUGGGCAGCCCACAGGGUUCUGCCAGGCCCUCCACCCCAGCCCGGCUGCUGGAGCGCAACUCCAACACCCCCAUCUUCGACUUCAGCGCCUUCUUCCGAGAGCUGGGAGAGUUCCGGGCCCGGCAGCGCCAAGGCUCACCCCAUUACACCAUCUACCUGGGCUUUGGGCAGGACCUGUCAGCUGGGAGGCCCAAGGAGAAGAGCCUGGUCCUGGUGAAGGUGGAGCCGAGGCUAUGCCGGGCGCACCUGGAGGUUGUGCAGCGUGAGGGCACAUCCUCCCUGGACAGCAGCAGCCUGGGCCUGUGCCUGUCGAGCACAAGCAGUCUCUAUGAUGACAUCGAGCACUUCCUCAUGGAGCUGGAGCAGCGGGCCUAGACUGGAACCUCCACCCCCAAUAAAGAGCCAAGAGCCAGUGCUGCCAUGA